AAGUUUUGUUUUUGUUUGUUUACACAGCGAGUCCCACUUCCGGGUUUAGUUUAUCAACAAUUCCGCAAAAAUCACUUGUUAAUGUUAUGGAGCCGUGAUAAAAAUCAUGCUGUCAUAAUUGAUUUUCACAACAUGAAAUAGUGGUGGUUUUAAUUUAAAGUACUUUAUUGCACAAGAGAGCCGCCCAUCUGUUAGGGAGUGCUUUGGCCCGGCUGGAACUACAUUGGACGAAUGUUUGCUGGCUCCAUUUUCAAAUUCAUUACGAUAAUUGAGCAUAAUUGAAAGCUUUUCCUUGUGAAUUUGCCUACACCACAAUGUCAGGGAGUCCAGCUGUGAUACUUCGUUUGGUGGCGUCGGCUUACACCGUGGCCGAGAAAGCUGGAGAAAUAGUAAGAAAAGUACUUCAACGCGGAGAACUCGGCAUAGUGGAGAAGGACGGAGCCCAUGAUCUGCAGACACUUGCUGACAGACUUGCACAGCGGAGCAUAUGUGCUUCACUGUCCAGACGCUUCCCUAAAAUUACUAUCAUUGCCGAGGAGGAACUCCCAGCUGAGGAGGUUACGGAGGACCUGAUUGAAAACGGCCAGGCAGAAGAAAUCCUUCUGAAUGUUUGUCCAGCUGAAUAUAGUGGAGUGAAAGAGGAGGAGCUAGUUGUGUGGGUGGAUCCAGUAGAUGGCACAAAGGAGUACACUGAAGGUCUUCUGAAUAAUGUCACGGUGUUGAUCGGAAUUGCCUAUGCAGGCAGAGCCAUCGCAGGUGUCAUCAACCAGCCUUUCUACAAUUACCAGCUUGGGCCAGGGGCGCGUUUGGGAAGAACCAUGUGGGCAAUGCUGGGCCUGGGUGCCUUUGGAUUUCAGCUGCAAGAAGUUCCGGACAACAAACGCAUUGUGACCACCACCCGUUCUCAUAGCAGCAAGCUCAUAACAGACUGCGUCAAUGCCAUGGAACCUCAUGAGGUUUUACGAGUCGGUGGUGCAGGAAACAAGAUCAUCAAGCUUAUUGAGGGAAAAGCAUCCGCUUACGUCUUUGCAAGUCCAGGAACCAAGAAAUGGGACACGUGUGCUCCCGAAGUUCUUCUGCACUGCGUUGGAGGUAAGCUGACAGACGUGCAUAAUAAUCCGUACCGCUACGACGCCGAUGUGAAGCGCGUAAACUCCGGCGGCGUUCUUGCCACGCUCAGAAACCACGAGGACUACGUCAGCAGAGUGCCUCAGUCGGUGCUGCAAGCCCUCAAAUCCGACUGACGUUUGUAUGUAGCGUCACAUGCAUCACAUAUGCUAAUAUCAUAAAUUAAAUGUUGUACUUUCAGCACAGUCAAUUUAAUCAAGAUUUAUAAGGAAAAAUUAGGCUGAUGCCCAAAAGAAAGUUGUCACUCUUUAAUAUGUAUUUCGUAUUUAAUGUAGAGUAGUAAAUCAACUCGAUUUGGAUGAAUAAAUUAUUCUUCUCAAUUUGUAUACUGUA